UCCAUAUCCAAAAAUAAAAUGCCACCAGCCGCCACUGAGGUUGAUGAACACUUUGGGUCAAUGUAGACAGUCAUAAUAAACACACACUUGGUAGGAGACUGACUUUUGACAAAAAAAAUGACAUUUAAAAAUCUAUGAAGUUUAUUUGGUUUUAUCUGUAUAAAACGACCCAAAAUAUUUAAAUGCCAUCACUUGAGGAUGGAACUCUUCCCCACACCUGAGCUGGUGAUUAACAUUUAUUUAAAGUCAUAUUUUUUUAUUUAAAUAAAAUAUUGACAAUAAGGUGAUAGUUUUCUUAAUGAAAUAAAGUGACAGAAAAAAAUUGCCUACUGAGUAGUUUUAUUAUUUAUAAACAUUUUAUUGAAACAAAAACUCAUCAAAUCAACAUGCAGUGUUUCAACAUCAUAACCCACCGUCGUUGGGCAGGUAAUGUGGAACGUUGUGUUAUUUUCACCGCAAAACCACAUUAUUCUGGACCUGCAGGUGUACAGUAAACACUCCUUUGAAGAGUUGCUCCUCCCCCUUCCUGUACACCUGCAUAUAAGCACACCUGUGGUAUUAGCAGCACAGAGGAAGCUGCAGUCUCCACGUUUAAACUAUUUCUGAAGAAACCACCAUUAAAAGAUCUGAACUAUUCUUCAAAUCUCAGUCCACCAUCAUGGCCUCAAGCAUCUCAGUGAGAAGUUUCUCUGUGAACCGUCGGCCAUCCUUCUCCAGUCGCUCCCUGAUGGACACCAGCCGGGCUCGCUCUCGGGCCUCCGUCUCUUUUGCUGCAGCCAGCCCACUGACUCGUUCAGCAUCCAUCAGCCAGGAUCUAAAUGGGCCGAUCAGCCUCCAACCAAAUGGAUGGCAUGGCAACAGCACCAACGAGAAGGAGGCCAUGCAGAGUCUGAACAGCCGCCUGGCUAACUACCUGGAUAAGGUGCGCUCACUGGAGCGCUCCAACGCUGACUUGGAGAUGAGAAUCAAGCAGCUGAUGCUUGACCGCAUUCCUAAAGGUCACGACUUGGAUAGCAUGAUGGCCCAGGCACACGCUGUGGAACAAGAGGUGAGGAAGAAAACCUUGGAAAACGCCCGCCUCAUGUUGGAGAUUGAUAAUGCUAAACUGGCCGCGGAUGACUUCAGAAUCAAGUGGGAGACUGAGCUGGUGAUGUGCCAGUCUGUGGAACGGGACUGUGUUGCUCUGAAAAAGGCUAAAACUGAUCAUGAGCAGAUCAUUUCCUCCCUGAGAGGAGAUUUGGACAGCCUCAAAGAGGAGCUUUACUUCCUGAAGAAAAACCACGAGGAGGAACUUGAGCAGAUGAAAUCUCGAAUUGCCAGAGAUGAAGUGAAUGUUGAGGUGGACUCAGCUAGUGGACCAGAGCUGGGAACCAUUCUGUCUGAGCUGCGCUCCCAGUAUGAGGGCAUUGUCAAGAGGAACAAGGAGCAGGCGGAGCAGUGGUACCGCAAGAAGCUGGAGACUGUGCAGAAUGAAGUGAAAGAGAGUAAUGAGGCCUUAAGGGGUGCCCAGGGAGAGCUGACUGAGAGACAACGCUUCCUGCAGACUCUGGAGGUGGAGCUGGAUAGUCUGCACAAACAGAUUACAGCUCUGGAAGGUAACCUGGGUGAGACGAGUCAAAAGUAUGCUGCUGAGAUGGAGCGGCUGCAGGUCACUCUGAGCCAGAUGGAGGAUGACUUGUCUCAGCUCAGGCUGGACAUGCAGCGAACCAAAACCGACUAUGAGCAGCUUCUCCGCAUCAAGCAGAACCUGGAAAUGGAGAUAGCGACCUACAGACGCCUGCUGGAGGGAGAGGAAUCGGUCAAAGAAAUUCUUCCUCCACCAAAAAAGGAGCCUGACGUUCGCACCAGAAAGAUUGUGAAGGUGGUGACUCAGACAAUGAUCAAUGGCAAGGUGGUGGAUGAAUCUAGUGAGGUGGAGCAAAUUGAAGAGACAAAGAAAUAGGAAACAGAAUGGGGAACAACAAGGGUAGAGAACUGAAGAAAAGUAAUAUAGUUAUAUUAGUCUACAUAGGAGCUAUGAGAUGCAGUUUUACUAGAAAAAAAACCCUACUUUACUACAGCUGUUCUGUUGUUUCAUAGAGAUGUUUCAAAGUUUGUGUUUGUGAUAUUUAGAUUUUUACCUUUAGGAUAAAAAGAAAUAGGCUACUGUUGAUGUUAGAGUAACAGAUGUACUAGGAGUUGUUGUCAUGAACAGUAUAUUUAAUGGCUGUAUUAGUCCUAUUUUGACAUUACAUAAUCCACAACUAAACAUCAAAACCAUCAAGACACUUUCUGAAGGUAAAACAUUCCCAUUUUUUCCCCUCUGUUUUUGGAAGUGUUUGUAAAAAAAAUCUGAAACAACAAAAACCUUUGGAGACAAUGACAUCUUUUGAGCUUGCCGUUUCAACAUAGCCGGUAACCGUAUUACAGAACCUGAUUUGAUUUUCAGAAAACAAUUUACAUUUAGAAUAGUUAGUUUUGAAACUGAAACGGUUUUAGACAUAAAUGUUUGUUUUAAUAAUGAAUUUUUAUUCAAUCUGUUUUCUCUUUCCUUCAUAAGGAGACAAAUCAGCAAGGGAAAAGGGACAACAGAUGAGAUGAGACAAAAUAUCAGGAUUAUGGGAUGUUUUAUAAACAGUUGGACUUCCUGUGCAGACUUUGUGUCUGUGUGGCUUAGAUGGAAUAUAAUCAUGAAAAUGUCUAUAACUCAGAAAGAAUGAAAUCUCCUUUUUUUAAUAGCCACUUAAAUAAAAUAUAAUCAGUCCGUGAGACAGACAUCUUGUCUACUUUUAUAAGUAGGCUUUGACAUUGUUUAUCUAAUAAACCUUAUGGUUAAAUUCUGAAUGAUGUUAGCCCAGGUGUGGACAAGUGGGGGUGUAGAGGGAGGUGGAGUGUUCAGCCUAACAGUGAACAACCAUCCCCCACUCCCCGAUCUUAUCUUUUAACUUUCUUUAACCCUCCCACUGUCUUUAUGGGUGAUCCCGCGAGGAAAGUUGACCAUUGAGCAGGAUUGAUGGUUUAUCCCUUGUGGUCCACGUGGCAGGGGUGAGGUGGUGGUGCUCACUCCUCAGCCCUGCCACAUGGACCCAAGGGAAAAAACGAUCAACCCUGCUCAAUGGUCAACUUUCCUCGCGGGGUCACACCCAUUAGGACAGUGGGAUGGUUAACAAAGAAUGUUCUACUAGUAGUGGACAUCUGUUCUGUGUGAGUGAGUGUGUGUGUGUGUGUGUGUGUGUGUGUGUGUGUGUGUGUCUACUCUGUCUUCUUAAACCCCCAGCAGUCACUUGUGAUGCAGAUGGCUGCUCAUAGAAGAAGUUUAUUCAUAUACUACUUUUCACUAAGUCACAAAGUGGUUCACAAACAAGCAUCAUCAUACUGAGCCAGGAUUCUCUGGAGGUUUCUUCCUGUUAAAGGGGAGUUUUCCUCUCCACUGUUGCUACAUGCUUGUAUGGGGAUCACUGUAAAGUUUCUGAUACAACAAGUCCGUGACUUGACACAAUCUGGGUUUCCUUACAUACAAAACUUUUAACUAAAUGGCAUAAUGACCUGAACUCAAUGCACUGAUAAGUAAAUAACAUUUGAAUGUUUACUUUGUAAAGUGCCUUAAGAGAUUCUUGUUGUGAUUUGGUUCUAAAUAAAUAAACAGCGUUACAGAAUUACAGAAACCUUAUUCUAGUUCUAGUUAUGUCUUCUAUAUAAAGAUGAGAAAAAUGAUCCCAACACUGGAACGCCCUUGAUGGCCCACAAGCUGAGUCAGUACAAAACGACUAAGACCUCCUAAACCUCGAGCCACCAGUAAGCCCAUUACUGCCCAGAUUGUAUUGUGUUGGGUUUGGCUUACAUUUGGUGGGCUAAGAAAGAGAUUACCCAUUUGCUGGGUCAAAGGGCUGCAUGUUACUUUAC